CCUUUAAUAUUGUUUACUUUUUGUUUGCCGGCAGAAUUAAUUUAACAUUGUAUCCGUCAAGUACGGGAAGGCAAAAUAAAACUUCCACCUCCGUGGGCAAUCCAAAAAAAUGGAAGUGGAGAUCCCUAAUCCCCUUAUUACUAGUGACUCCGACGAAUCCAGCGUGGACCUGAAAUCCUGGUGGUCCGUCACGAAUAGUGUCUAUAGUUUCUUGGCAAUAUGGCCCUCAUUUUUGGGUUUCAUCCUCUCGCGACUACUUUGCGGCCACCUGCCACAGCAUUCCGCGCGAAGAUUCCCUGAGUUCAUCUUUAUUGGCAUACCCACUGUGGUUCUGAUCACCGUCGGCAGUGACUAUAACACCACCUAUUCCCUGGUGGUCUUCAUAGUUAUUUUGGUUUAUCUUUACGCAAAUGCAGACGGCGAUUCUUCUCUGAAGGCCAAAUACGAGGUCGGUAAACGGCCUAUUGUGUUUACUCUGCUGAGAGCCACCGCUUAUAAUGGAACCUGUGCCGCCAUUCUUGCCGUGGAUUUCUAUUCUUGUCCCCUUGAAUACCGCAAGAGCAGGAAGUUUGGAGCCAGUGCAAUGGACAUGGGCAUCGGUAUGUUCGUGGUUACCAUGGGUUUGGUUUCAAAUCGUGCCAAGGGUCUUGCUGAUCUAAGAAAACUACCCAGAUCGGUGGUUCCAUUGCUGGUCUUAGGCCUAGCCCGGACCAUUGUCAUCACAGCGAUUGACUAUCAUCAGGAUAAGACAGAAUAUGGCAAGCAUUUGAAUGCUUUCUUUAUCUUGGGCCUUACCAAAUUGAUAGGCAGCUUCUACACUCUGUUGGUGAAGUCGGAUAAACAUCUCCUGCCUCUAGCUUUGGGCUUGCUUUUCCUGCACGAACUUGUGCUGCAGCUGGGCCUUUCCGAGUUUGUGAUGUCGUCUGCCCCACAUGAUGGUUACUUUAGUGCCAAUCGAGAAGGUUUAAGCUCCCUACACGGCUGCGUGGCUCUCUAUUUGCUUAGUAUUUACCUAUCCAAGUGGUACACAGCCCAGGAUCAUCUUAGUUACCAAGAGUUGGCCAGCAAGUUGAAAAAACUCCUAGUUGCGGCAGUUUUCUGUUGGAUACUAGCUUUUAGUAGCGCCUUCUUAACAGGGAUUGCUCGUGUAACCUUCAGCUUUGGCUAUGUGAUCUGGAUAUUCGGCAUCUGUUUGAGCUUGAUUGUUAUAUAUGCAUUUUUCUUUGAACUUAAACAAGUUGGUAACCAGAAAUUGAUUGGAGAUGGCGACAAGGUAACCAGCCAAUCCCUACCCACCUUUGUUGAAAGCCUCAACAUGAAUGGUCUGACGCACUUUAUGCUGUCCAACUUCCUCACUGGGCUGGUUAAUUGUUUGAAUCCAGGAAACCGGAAUGAUAUCGAGUGUGUGGUUAUACUAUCCGCAUAUAUGUUUGUAAGUGCCGGAAUUGUCUUUAUUAUGCUUAAAAAGCGUAUACGAGUAGCCUAAUUUUUUGAUAUUAGCCAAAAACUUGUGAUAUUUAUUGCUAAUAUCGUAAUUCCAUUUCAAUUUAAAAAUGUGUUGUUUAAAUCAUGAAAAAGCUUCCGAGUUGAUUAAAUAUAUUAAGAGACGAUACAA